AUGUUCUUUGCAACAUGGCCACUUGCUUGUGAUCCUUCAAGUUUGCCAAAGUAUCCACCCAGCAAAGAGAUUGAUGCAAAAUUGCGGGAUGAAGAAGCUAGAAGGCAAGGAGCAAUGGCAGUCAGGAGCCAGAGGGUUGACCGGGAUAUGAGAGGAUCAAGAGAUCUGCGGGGAGGUCCAGCACCUGAAGCUAAUGCUGAGUUAGCCAUUUCAAUGCAGACAAGGCAGGGCCAUUACAGUCCGAAGAGCCGAAGUGAGCUGUUCAACCGUCGUCGGGAGGAAGCUGCUGUUGGGUUUCCCAUUGAUCCACCUAGACUGAGACAAUCAGUAAAAGAAGUGAGUAAAGAUCUAAUGGAACAGAAUCCAAAGAGAGCUUCGCAUUCAGGGCCUUUGGUUCCAGGGGUUGGAUGGGCAAAAGGAGGAAAGAGAGGUGAUGGUAUUUCCAAUGUCUCAAUCAGAGGCAACUUAUCCACCUUAUCUGGUUUAGUAGCCUCUAGGACUUCAGUUUCGGAAGAGUGCCGAGAUAAACUUGAUUCUUCACGACCUGAGGCAACAAAUCAAGUGGGCAGGCUUUCGGAAUCUUAUGAGAAACCCACUAGAAAGCAGGAUUGGAAGCAUCAGACUCAGAAUAUUGCCGGUUCUCAUCAGACAGAAGAUGACAGAGCCAGUACUAAAGAACCACAUGCGCAUGGGCAUGGGUUUAGGGGAAACAAGAUCCAUUUCUCAGGUCCAUUAUUUGCUCCAUCAAAGAAUGUGGAUCAGAUGCUUAGGGAACAUGAUCGACAGAUUCAAGAAGCUGCUCGACGAGCAUGGCUUGAGAAGACAAGACUUGGUAAGGUUCAAGCUCUAGAUGUACAGAAAACAUCUAACCCAAUAUACACAUCCACCCGUGGAGCUGGGUAA